AUGGUGCCUGUGUUACUAAUUCUCGUGGGAGCUUUGGCAACACUGCAAGCUGACUUACUUUCUCACAAAAAGUUUUUACUUCUACCUCCUGUCAAUUUUACCAUUAAAGCCACUGGAUUAGCUCAAGUUCUUUUACACUGGGACCCAAAUCCUGACCAAGAGAAAAGGCAUGUUGAUCUGGAGUAUCAUGUGAAAAUAAAUGCCCCACAAGAAGAUGAGUAUGAUACCAGCAAGACUGAAAGCAAAUGUGUGACCCCCCUUCAUGAAGGCUUUGCAGCUAGUGUGAGGACCAUCCUGAAGAGCAGCCAUACAGCUCUGGCCAGCAGUUGGGUUUCUGCUGAACUCAAAGCUCCACCAGGAUCUCCUGGAACCUCGGUUACGAAUUUAACCUGUACCACACACACUGUCGUAAGUAGCCACACCCACUUAAGGCCAUACCAAGUGUCUCUUCAUUGCACCUGGCUUGUUGGCAAGGAUGCCCCCGAGGACACACAGUAUUUCCUAUACUACAGGUUUGAUGUUUGGACUGAAGGAUGCCAAGAAUACAGCAGAGAUGCACUGAACAGAAAUACUGCAUGCUGGUUUCCCAGGACAUCAAUCAACAGCAAAAGGCUUGAGCAGCUUGCUGUGCACAUUAAUGGCUCAAGCAAGCAUGCUGUAAUCAAGCCCUUUGAUCAGCUGUUCACUCCAUACGCCAUUGACCGAGUGAAUCCUCCAAUGAACGUCACAGUGGAAAUGGAAAGCAAUUCUCUCUAUAUACAUUGGGAGAAACCACUUUCUGCCUUUCCAGGCCAUUGCUUUAACUAUGAGUUGAAAAUUUACAACACAAAAAAUGGUCAUGUUCAGAAGGAAAACCUGAUCACCAAUAAGUUCAUCUCAAAAAUUGAUGGCGUUUCUACAUAUUCCAUUCAAGUGAGAGCAGCUGUGAGCUUACCUUGCAGAAUGCCAGGAAGGUGGGGCGAGUGGAGUCAACCUAUUUAUGUGGGAAAGGAAAGGAAGCCCUUGGUAGAAUGGCGUCUCUUCGUGCUCCCGACAGCCGCCUGCUUUGUCUUGUUAACUUUCUCAGUCAUCUGCAGAGUGUGUCAUCUAUGGACCAGGUUGUUUCCACCGGUUCCUGCCCCGAAGAGUAAUAUCAAAGAUCUCCCUGUGGUGACUGAAUAUGAGAAACCUUCGAAUGAAAGUAAAAUUGAAGUUGUACAUUGUGUGGAAGAGGUUGGAUUUGAAGUCAUGGAAAAUUCCACAUUUUGA